AUGGAAGAAAUGUAAUUUGAUGAGUAUUGGAGUAGAAUAGAAGAUCAGCUAUAAGAAUAAAAUAUGCUGAUGCAGCAAUAGAAUAAUGAUAAAGAUAGACAUCUAAAAUAGAUUCUAGGUCAAGGCAACUAACAAGUAAUAAUAAGAACUCCAAAAAAUGAUAAGAUUUAACUCCAUGAUUUCGGCUAAAGAGCUGAUUAAUUAGAUAAUAAACUAAAGAUUGUGCUUGGUGGAAUCAAGAAUGAUUAUCAAGUCUAGCAAUGGAAUUAGAAUGCUCAGCAAGAAAAGAGCAUCAAGAUUAUAAUGGGAGGGUUAACUCUAGAUCAACCUAAAAUUAACCCAUCUUUGAUUCAACCAGAUUUCUCAAGCAACAUCGUCAGUAAUAACUAAAAUGACAAUCAGUUCUAUGAUCAAGCACAAUAUGAUGACGAUGAGUCAAUUUACGACGAGUUUGCCGAGAUUAAAUUCCUUGAUACCCCUUGGAUGCAAUCUUGCUGGGAGAUACUUGGCACUCUUUGGUAUCACGAAGAAGCUGGAGCUUUCCUAAAGCCAGUCUCAGAAGAUGAUCUUGGAAUCUAUUUUGAAGACUACCUCCGCACUAUUGAUUAUGCUAUGGAUUUUGGCACGAUGAAACUUAAAAUGAUUGAGAGGCUAUACAAAAAUCCAACUGAAUUCAAAACAGAUGUACUCACAGUAUUUAAAAACUGCUAGAAAUUCAAUCAUGAAUCGAGUGAAAUAUACAAGGCCUCCAUCAAGUUAGAGAAAUUUUACUACAGUAAAUUGAGGGAGUACUAGGAUAUCAAUGAACAAAUGUUUUGCUCAUCUAAUAUAUUAAUUAGUAAAAUGGAAAACACUACGACUUAGGAAAGGUAACCAGUCGAUGAAGAACAAAAAGAAAUUGUUCAAUCACAAGACUAAACUUAAAGUUAAACUGAGAAAGAGGAUCUAGUAUCAGCUUUUUGCAUUCUAGCAGCAUCAGACAAGGGUAUUGACUAUGAGAAACUAUUAGUUAAAUUUGGGUGCUCUCCACUUAUUGAUGAUAACAAAGCUAAAAUUCAUUCUCUGACAGGAGCAAUACCACAUAGAUUUAUCAGAAGAGAUAUUUUCUUCUGCCAUAGAGAUCUUGAUGUUAUUCUGAAUAGAUACGAGCAAGGCAAAUUAUUUUAUCUUUAUACAGGCAGAGGACCUUCAGCUGAGGCACUUCACAUGGGUCAUGCUAUUCCAUUUAUUAUGAACAAAUAUCUUUAAGAUGCAUUUGAUGUUCCCCUAGUGAUCUAAGUUACAGAUGAUGAAAAAUAUUUGUAUAGACCAGAAUAUGAACUUGAGAAAGUUCAAAAGAUGGCAAUCAGCAACAUCAAGGAUAUUAUUGCAUUUGGUUUUAAUCUCGAAAAGACUUUCAUAUUUUCAGAUAUCGAUUACAUCCAACAUCUCUACCCUAACGUGUUGAGAGUAUAAAAGGCAACUACUCUUAAUCAAAUUAAAGGACUCUUUGGUUUUAGUGAGUCUGAUAAUGUUGGUAAGUACGCUUAUCCACCAGUUCAAGCUGUCCCAUCAUUCUCUAAUACUUUCCCACAUAUAUUUGGAAAGAGAAAAGAUAUUCCAUCUCUAAUCCCAUGUGCUAUUGACUAGGAUCCAUACUUCAGAAUGACCAGAGAUGUUGCUGCCAAGCUAAAGUAUGAAAAGACUUCAACCUUUUACUCUAUUUUCUUCCCAGCUCUUCAAGGACUUAAGACCAAGAUGGCAUCAAGUGAUUCUAAUAGUUCUAUAUUGCUUUCAGAUACACCAGCUGAAGUAAAAAGAAAGAUUAACAAGUAUGCCUUCUCAGGAGGUGGUAUAACUGUUGAGGAACACAGAGCUAAUGGAGCUAAUUUAGAUAUCGAUGUGCCUUAUCAAUGGUUGAAGUUCUUCUUAGAAGAUGACGAUAAACUCGCUGAAAUUAAAGAGAAGUACGGAAAAGGUGAGAUGCUGACAGGCGAAGUAAAGGCUAUUCUAAUUGAUACUAUUAACGCUUUCCUGAAAGAGUUCUAAGAGAGAAGAAAGAAAGUUACAGAUGAAGAUGUGAAGAAGUUUAUGGAGAUCAGAAAGAUUAACCCAGUGCCGAAAAAAUUUGAAGAAGCCAGAAAAGCUAAAGAAGAUGCUGAGAGAUUAGCUAAAGAGCAAGAACUAGCAGCUGCUGAAGAGCAAAAGAAAUCAGAAUGA